UCAACACAUACAUAAAAUUGAAAUUAUUGGCUGUUCCCACGACCAACAACCCAUACCUCGACUGUGGAACUCAUCCAGCAAGCCAACAUUUGCUCUGGGCGUCUGCCGUAGCGAUCUGGACAUCUUUGAAAACGCCAUCCGAAGGUGUAAGUACGUCACGCUGAUGAAUGCCUCCUGAACAACGGCUAUGUGUCGCCCAUGAGGCUGCGGUCACGCCCGUUCAGUGUAAUAUGCCUUCACAUGUGGAUCUCCAUAUAUCCAUAUGAUGCGGAAAUCAAGGCGAGCGGUGAUUUGAAUAUCUCGUCUCUAAAGCUGUGAUUAUGUACAUACUUGCAACUGUGCAAUAUUUACGUAACACAGCCAUUUCCGCUCAAAGUCUUGUUGCACCGCAAAUCUGCUAUAUAGGUCCGUCCUCAAUGGUUUUCUACACCUUUCCGACUUUUCUCCUGUGUGACUUGUUUCCCAUCCCCUAUCAUCAAUGUCGCGGAUGGCUCCCUGGAAGGCAGCCGAGCCAGACAAGAUACAACAAUUCACGCCACCUCUUGACAACAUGCCCGUGACGUCCCAGAAUGUUCCAGCAGUACCAAUCGUGCCUCAGCGGUCCAGGUUGCGGCCAGAUGGCACCCGCAUUGGGGAACUGCAACAUCGAGAUCCUCUGGCGGUUGCUACGCAUUUGCGGAGGCGGAGUGAUGCCGGAAAUUACCCUUCUAUGCUCUCGGGUUUAGUUUUAUACUCGGAUACGUACGGGGGAGGUGUUCGUCUUGCUGGGCCCUCACAUAUAGAUGCUCCUAGCGCUUCUGAUCUGAUCGCCUCAGCAAAGUCACCCUCGUCCGAGAUGCCAGAUGCAAAAGCUUUCUAUAUCCCGCAUCCAUCUGCCGAAUUGCAACGCAGACCGCAUAUCCGUCGCAAAUGUCGAGGGAAAUCGAGUUCAAUAUCGAGUUUACCUGCUCAUGACCAAUAUCAGUCAGACUCAGUAGCUCCAUUGCCUCAGUCGGCACCUGCUGCAAGUUCAUCCUACUCCGAGCGCCACCCCCCAUCCCUAACAAGCCGAACCGACUCUCCAACCUCCUCUUUCUCUUCCUCAAAAUCAUCGAAACCAUAUCUUCAUCCCAUUAUUACCCGGGGCCUUCCAACUCAGCCGAAGAGCAAUGAGCAUGUGGAGUGGCCCGCUAAGAAACCUCGCCAUCCCGCCUUCCUUUUCCCGCUCCCAACCCAGACUGGAUCAGCCGACGUUUCUGGAAGCACAAUCAAGACUCUGGCAAAAGUAUCAACCUCUACUUCGACCUUAGGCAUAGCCCUGGAACCAGUCCUUGUCAGUCCGCCGCCCUUGCAUCCUACUCUAGAACGCCCUAAGGCGGUGAAGGUCGUCGGCCAGGCCCAAUCUGGCCCAACAACGAAAAGAAGCAAGAAGGUGAUCGUCGAGAGCACGAACUCAAAGGAUGCGGCGGCCUCCUUGUCCAUUAGGCCUAGCUCUUCUCGCCCGCCAGUCUCCGUUUCUGGCCCUGGAACCAGCAGCAGCAAAGGGAAGGAAGCCGUCAGGCCGUUCCAACGACCCUUUCGUCCUCUUCCAAAGCCACCUUCGAAUCCUGCGCCUGUACGCUCACCCGAAGCCACCAUUGCCCCCAUUUCCGAUCGAAAAUCGCCGACCCUUCGUGCACUUCUCGAUCCUCCAUUCACUCUUCCAUCACGUACGAUAUUCACCCAAGCACCGCCUAACUCUCCUGCUAACUCAUCCAAAAUUCUUCACACUUCAGACUCGACGCCUUCCCUUACGCGGUCAGCUUCCCUCGACAGCAUCUCUAUAUGGUCUCAGGCCUCAGGUCCCGCUACUGGUGCUCCACCGACACGUGUGAGUUCUUUAGCGUACCCUAUCAGUGGGCCACGUCAGCGGAUGUCUCGUAGAAGCACCAAUCGUUCGAUGCGGGCCUUCAUUGUGCCACCUUUAGCCGGGGGGCAGAAGGAACAGAGAAUCUCGAUACUCUAUCAGAGCACACAAGAGGAACUCGACACUCUCACAGACUGGUUACGAUACGACUCCUUAUUAGAAGGGUCAAAUACGAUCACAGGCAUUGCUCCGUUGGACAAUUCACUUUCUCUAGAAACUAAAUACGAAAAAGGAGGCGGCAAUGAACCAAUACCAUCUGGGGGUUCACAUUGGGGUCUGGUGACGGAGGAUAAGAAACAGAAGACCAAGCUCAGGAGAGCGGACACGAACGCUGUGAAGGAAAUGUUAUUACAGCGACGUGAACGUGCUCAACUGGAUGCUCAAAGCCGCGCUCAGGAUAUUCCCAAGAGGUUCGCAGGGAUGGGGUUUGGCAGUCAGCUGGGAAGGAGGCCCAGUCACGCACAGGAUCGUAGCGCCAAUAAUGUAAACAGGGGACCCCCGAACGGGAAAGGGAUGGAAAUGGGAAGGAUGAUUGCUGUUAUGUGAAUUUCCUCAUCGGACAAAAAACUCUUUGCUAUUGUUUUUCCGCUCAUUCUUUAUUCGUUUAUGCUUAUUCUACCUCGAACACGUUCCUUCAAACUCUUAUGUAACUCAAGUUCUAUUGCCAUGACCUUUUUUUUCGCAUUUCACAUCGGCAUUCAUACCUCUUGGUGCCUCUUGGCACCUGUAAUAGUCGAACUCCAUGAACCUUAAUGUGCAAUUACGUGAUCCCAUCCAGG